CUUUCGGAUACCGUAUUACCAGCUGUAGUACCGAAUGAGCAUGCGCCGCCCCGACCCGACCUAUUCCGCGCGUGAAGUUUUAUGCAAUUUAUACUGUGCUCCUGUACGCAACCCUAAACAACAUCAACAUGGGAGGCCAGGCAAAGAGUAAGAAAAAGACUAAAGGCAAGAGGAAAGACACGCGCUCAAAUGGAGACUCCGGGCUUGCUUUUCUGUCUCCGCAAGAAAGAAUGAAAUUGAAGACGCAGGAGAAAACCAAAAAGAAAACGGCAGAAAAAUACUCUGUUGAACAACUAUUAGAGAAGACAGAGGAGUGUAUUGACAGUUUUGACUUUGAGAUGGCGGGCCGUUUCUGCCAGCGGGCUCUGGAGUUGGAGCCCAACAACAAGCAGACCCUGGACAUGCUGGGACACAUCUACUCUGAGCUAGGAGACGCGCAGAGGGCCAAGGGAGUGUUCUUGCGUGCUGUGGAACUGAGCCCUGACGAGGGCCACAGUAAAUACAUGUAUCUUGGACAGUUACACGCUGGUCAGGAGGCAGUCAGCUACUACACCAGAGGCAUACAGAUUAUCCUCGCUGCUUUGGAGAGACAAACGCUAACCAUGACAGAGGCUGGGGCCGUGGCCCUCCCAGACCAGGAGCCCCUCUGUAGGAAGGAUGUGUGUGUGGCCUACUGCUCUGUAGCAGAGAUAUACCUCACUGACCUCUGUAUGGAAGACGGUGCAGGAGACAAGUGUAGAGAAGCUAUAGAGAGUGCGUUGCAGCAUCACCAGGACAACCCAGAGGCUCUACAACUAAUGGCCAGCUACCUAUUUAGUACUGAGAAGAAUCAGGAGGGGAGAGAUUACCUGAUGAGGAGUGUGGGGGCGUGGCUACCUGCCCUCAAACAAAGCGAGGCCCUGCCCCCUAGAGGAGACAUGGUGGAGGAGCCAACACAGAGUGGGAUCCCUCCAUACGAGACUCGCAUCACCACGGCCAAACUGCUCAUGGAAUCAGAAGAAUAUAAGAUGGCAGUGGACGUGCUGGAGGGUCUUCUGGAGGAGGAUGACGAGGUGGUCCAGGUGUGGUAUCUGUCCGGCUGGGUGUGCUGUCUGCAGAAGGAUCGAGCGGGGGAGCAGAGAGUGAGGGAGGGGGAGGAAGAGAGGGAGGAAGCUGAGGCGCUGAGGGAGGCUGCCAGAUCCUACCUGACCAAAGCCAAGAAGCUGUAUUGCAAGCUGCACUGUGAUGACCCCCCAAUGUUGGAACAUGUGGAGCAGCUGUUGGGCGAGCUUGGGGGGGAGGUGGAGGAGGGAGAGGAGGAAGAGGCAGGUGCAGCCCUGGACCAGGAGUUUGAACCCUGCAGUGAUGAAGAGGAGGAAGAAGAAGAGGAGGCUUCUGCCAUGGAACACUGAGCUCUCUGAACCAUCUCCCUGAAAUAUACACGCACACACACACAUUCUACAGCGUGUCACCAGUGUUUUAGGAUCUGAUAGUGUGUGAUCUAAGUUGUAUAUCAGUGUGACUCAAACUUCCUUGUUGCAGAUUUGGUUUCUCUGGGAUGGAUGCUGAGAAACACCGCUCCACAUUUCUGUUUUUAAUGUGAUUCCCAUAUUAUCUUGCUGUCUAUCUGCAUCUCUGUGUUUCACUCAGCCUCUGUCUCUCCUCGCCCAACCUCCUCUCUUUCAGUGCUGUACUUUCUGAAGUGCCUUCAGCAUCUUAUACCUGUCAGUCAAAGUCAGUUUACAAUAGAUUGGAAACGUGCAAACUGAAACUGGUGGAAAUACACACCUCAAUGCUGACAAAGACAAUAAAAACUGCUAUUUUAAAUUCA